AUGGCCAGGCAGGAGGAGGGCACCAAUGUCUCCUGGGAGGCUGAGCAGCUCAAGUUCCACAUGCUUGUUCUAAGUGCUCUUGCCCUCAAUUACUGCAUGUUUGACAAUACCCUCUUCAGCAACUAUGACUUCCAUGCUGUCCUGCACAAGCUCUCCAUGGCUAACCUGGUGUUGGAGGCAGUUGUUGUGAGCAAGCUCUGUGUGCACAAGAAGUGUGUGGUGUGGGUGGCAUGCAAUCUCUUCCUCCUCUUGGCCAAUGAGCGCAUCAAGACCACCCUGGCUGGCAACUGGCACCUUCGCCAAAACAAGAUGGCCUGGAGCAAGGACUGUGGCCAUGUGGUUGUAUUUGUCAGCCUGGACCACCUGUCCAUCCAGUACUAUGGCAACAAUGGUGACUGCCUUGUGCAUGCCCUUCCUGAGAUCUUGAUGGACAUGAGGGAAGAGUUCUACUAUGAGGUGGUGCUUGAGAGUGACAGUGGAAGUGGGCGUAGGCUUGUGCCCUGCGGGCUCAGGUGGUCCAAGUCUCUCAAAUUUUGGAAACAAUACAUAUCUGUUUUUUAUUGA